GCAUCCCCCAAAAGACGCAGCGGACACCUGGCUGGCAGGGAGCUCGUCCUAUUUUCCGCGUCAAUCCAACGUCGCACAUUGCUUCGUAACACGAUCGCUUUUUUGUUUCUGUUCCUGGAACCCCACGCUCUCUGGACUGCGCAAAACGUUUCUCGGCGAUUGAUACCCAUGCGGACAUAGACUCAAUUUUGUCGUUCUGUUUCCUCUCGUCCCUUGCCUGCCAGGCCACAUUGCUUUCGUAGCCAUGUCCUUACGCACAGUAUUCGACCUGCUCCUGCCCUUGGGUUUGCUGGUCGGCCAGACCUACGCGGCGCAAGAACCUCUGACGGGCGAGGAUCGCGAAGCAUGUCCAAACUAUGCGCAGUACUCUACAUAUCCCCAUAAACCCCUGAGCGAAGGCCCCCUUGGCCUGCCCUACCAACGACCCGAUCCACGAUGCCGUACUUUCCACUCCGAUGCCAUCGAGAAGGUCAUCAAGGACGUCACAUCCCGAAUGAAGGACCCUGACCUGGCCAGGCUAUUCGAGAACGCCUUCCCUUCCACAACAGACACCACCGUCAAGUUCCACACCGAUGGCACCGACACUAGAUUCGUCGAUCUCAAGGGCCGUAGCAUGCGCGACGAGGGCAAAUGGGAGGGACCUCAGUCCUUCAUCAUCACGGGCGACAUCAUUGCCGAGUGGCUGCGCGACAGCACGAACCAGCUUUCACCCUACCAGGCCCUGGCCAAGAAGGAUCCCGCCAUCUUCAAGCUGAUCCUGGGCGCCAUCAACACGCAGGCCGAGUACGUCAUCGAGUCGCCGUACUGCAAUGCGUUCCAGCCCCCUCCGAUUGCCAACCUGCAGUCGAGUCACAAUGGGCAGGAUGAUACGGUGCACCCCAUCUACGAGCCCUCGUUUGUGUUUGAGUGCAAGUACGAGCUGGAUUCGCUGGCGCAUUUCCUCGCGCUCGGUAACGACUUUUAUGAGCACACAGAGUCCAAGGAUUUCAUGACGGGGAGAUGGUAUAUGGCUCUCGAGACGGUGCUCAAUGUCCUGGAGGAACAGUCUCGCUCGACGUUUGAUCCGGAGACGGGCCGCUUCCAGAAGAACGAGUAUACCUUCCAGCGUAAGACGGACGCGGGCACCGAGACGCUGGCCCUCAAGGGCGUUGGCAACCCCCUGAACAACGGCACCGGUCUUGUGAGGUCGGCCUUUCGGCCAAGUGACGACGCUACCAUCCUCGGCUUCUUCAUCCCGGCGAACGCCAUGAUGGCUGUGGAGCUGAAGCGCACGGCGACGUUCCUCAAGGAGGCCGGCCAAGAUGUUCUCGCGCAGACGGUGGACAAGUGGAGUCAGACGAUUGCUGAUGGUGUUUGGAACAACGGCGUUGUCAAGCAUGCCAAGUACGGAGAUGUCUUUGCGUACGAGAUUGACGGAUACGGUUCCUCUAUCCUCAUGGAUGAUGCGAAUUACCCGUCGCUGCUGGCACUUCCUCUCAUGGGGUUCUUGCCUGCCGACGACCAGACGUACAAGAACACCAGGAAGAUGCUCUUGGAGAAGACUGGCAAUCCGUACUACCUCGAGGGUGUUGCAUUCCGUGGAAUUGGAGGACCGCACAUUGGGCUCUCCAAUGCCUGGCCAAUGAGUCUUUUGAUCCAGGCACAGACAUCCGAAAAUGACCAGGAAAUCACAGAGUGCCUUGACUUGGUCCUGAAUUCUGCCAAACUCGGCUUGGUUCACGAGAGUGUCGACGUCAGCCGUAUUUCUUCCUAUACCCGAAGCUGGUUCGCAUGGGCCAACGGCGUGUUUGCCGAGACGAUUCUAGACCUCGCCAAGCGGAAGCCUCAUUUGAUCUUUACUGACGCGAAGCCGUACAGCAUCUAAACGUGGCGUUGAAAUUUCGGCAUGGCGAGUUGGGUAUGAGGACGGUUAAUCAGCCGAUCAUGACAUAACAUGGGAGGUGGUGGCUGGCAUCUCGACUGCAUCAAUAGAAUCAUAUCCAUUUCCGAAGAGUUGCCAGAUGAUUGAAGACCAAGAAGAAAAGUUGCAACAGAAAAAAAGAAAAGCAGAAAGCAGAGUCAGGCUCAGAUGUCUCCAUUCCAGUGAAUUCAAGAAUGGCUAGGAACGGGGCUACAACCGAUUCAGUCGUCCCAGCCACUCUCUAUUCGACUGAUGAUUAUCUUGGACGGGUUUACCACAUACGUACUGCUCAGCCUAGAUUAAAUAUAAAUAUACCCAGGAGAUCCGUC